GCUAUAUAGCUACACUGUGAAAUGAUUUCCACGGCGGCUGACGAAGAUCCUGAAGGAGGAAGAAGAAGAGACCCUAAUAACGACGGCGAGACGACGACGACGACGAUACCGGACCUGCGAUGGAGAUCGUGGAUAAUCCCAAUAGUAGUGAUUGCAAACGUAGUCGUUUUCAUUGUUGUAAUGUACUUCAAUGAUUGUCCUCACAAAAGCCAUCGAUGUCUCGCAAAGUUCCUCGGACGUUUCUCAUUUGAGUCUUUCAAGUCAAAUCCUCUUCUCGGUCCUUCUUCCUCUACGUUGGAGAAAAUGGGAGCUUUGGCAUGGGGGGGAAAUAGUUCACAAGCGUCAAGUGUGGAGACUCUUACAUGUAUGUGGUUGCACGCUGGUGUUAUUCAUUUGCUAGCAAACAUGUGUUGUGUUGCCUUCAUUGGAGUUCGUCUCGAGCAGCAGUUUGGUUUUGUUCGAGUCGGGACGAUCUAUCUUGUAUCGGGUUUCUGCGGGAGCAUAUUAUCUUGUUUGUUUCUUCAGAAUGCUAUAUCUGUUGGUGCCUCAAGUGCUUUGUUUGGCCUUUUAGGAGCAAUGUUAUCUGAAUUGUUAAUCAAUUGGACUACUUAUGACAACAAGGGUGUGGCUUUAGUAAUGCUUUUGGUGAUUGUUGGUGUUAACUUAGGAUUAGGAACACUUCCUCCUGUCGAUAAUUUUGCUCACAUUGGAGGUUUCUUAGGCGGUUUUCUUCUCGGUUUUCUGCUCUUGAUUCAUCCGCAGUUCGAAUGGGAGGAAAACCGAGUUUCUCUUAUGCCUGGUACCAUUGUUAAACCGAAGUACAACACUUGCCAACUCGUGCUUUGCAUAAUUGCAUCCAUCGUCUUUGUCGCCGGAGAUUUGGCGUUUGAUUGGGCUACUAAACCGGACUUCUGUUUUGAUGAAUGUUAUACAAAUGUGCAGGUUUACUUCUGGGUUGGUGAUACUAUUCAGAGGAGAUAACUUGAAUAGAUAUUGUAAGUGGUG